UAAUAAUAUUAAUAAUAAUUUCAACCCUGAGUUGAGGUGAAGGCAGUAGCUUUUAGUGCGUUUCGUUCAGUUGCUUAAGUGAUAACUUAGCCGAGCUCCGUCCAAGCUCGGGCGUCGUGCUGCUGUUUGUAGACGAGGGUCCCCCACUGACAGCAAAGAGGAAGUGUGUCCAUCCUCAGGGGCUGUCCACUUUAUUAGGCACACCCACGCGGUCUAAUAAGGUCCAAAAGACCUUUGCUAGGAUCAUGAUGUUCAGGUAGCACCAUGCAGGAGAAAGGCAGCCCAGAAGGUCAGCAGCAGCAGUGUUCAGAUUGCGGACGCGGUUUGAGUCUCCCAGAAUCCGAGCAGACGGACAAACCCGACUCCGCGUCCAGAUGUCUGUCCUGCCGUGGAGACAGCGGCGCCCCCGACGAAGGGGCGCCCCAGGGAGGCGUCCACGUGGACCCGCACAGCUGCUCACUGUGCGGCAAAACGUUCAUCUCCUCGGCCCACUUGACCCUGCACCUCGCCUCGCACACCAAGGAGAGGAGGUUCCAGUGCGGUACCUGCGGCAAGUACUUCCACCAGCCCUCCCACCUCAUGGCCCACGAGGCCAUCCACCGCGGCGACCGGCCCUUCAAAUGCCCCGAGUGCGGCAAGACCUUCGGGCGGGCCGCGCAUCUCAAGACUCACCGGCGGCUGCACACCGGCGAGAAGCCCUUCAAGUGUUCCUACUGCGACAAAGCCUUCACGCAGAAAGCGGGCCUCCUCUCGCACGUCCGCGUACACACGGACGAGCGGGCCUACAGGUGCGACGAGUGCGGCGAGACGUUCAGGUCCCUGCCGCUGCUGCUCUCUCACAAGGCCGAAGAGGCGGCGCGGCAGGGGAAAACGCCGCAGGCCCCCGCGCCUCCGCCGGACGACCUGAAGUGCGGCGUCUGCUGCCGCACCUUCAUACGGUCCUCCUACAUCCGACUGCACGUCCGCCUGGAAAAGGGGCUGCGGCCUUAUCACUGCAAAGUGUGCAACAAAACCUUCGCCAAGCUGGAUUCGUUCGUCAACCACUGCGAUAAACAUUUGAGGCAGAAAGGGGGGAAAAGCCAGGGCAGCUUGGUGAAACCCCCGUUGUUCGUCCCGCUUUCAAAGCCGCCCCCGGAGGUCGCUCAGCCGGUGUCCACCGAGGUCAAAUCAAAAGAGCCGUGAGCGGGA